AUGCUAAUUUUGCUUGCUCUGGUUUCCGCUUGGAUAGCUUUGGCUCAAGAACUGAGCUUCGCAGAGUUCCACAAGAAUAAUUUAAGGAAUAGUCUAUCGGUAGCGGAACAGAGUGCGAGUAAUCUAUUGAGACACUUCAACGGAACUCGAGUGCCUGGAAGUAAAGAAUCCAAGGAGAUGCAGGAUUUCAUCAAAAAGUACUUCCGAGAUGUGCUGAAUAAUGAUUGGUCUGUGGAGACAGAUUCGUUCGAGGAAAACGGCUUUAAUUUCACAAACCUGGUCUUCACUCCGAUGCACGGUGAGUCCUAUCUGGUAAUUGCAGCUCAUUAUGAUACCAAAAUCGAUCCGCCUGGCUUUAUUGGGGCCAUGGACAGUGGUGCAUCGUGCGCCGUACUUCUCUAUGUCGCAAAAUUCAUAGAUCACAUUUUGACAGUCGAUAAGGAUCUGCUCGAGCCGCUGCUGCUAGGCAGUCAAGUUGGGCUCAAAAUCGUAUUUUUCGAUGGAGAAGAAGCCAUUAACCAAUGGGGCCCAUACGAUUCGAUUUACGGCUCCAAACACUUAGCUAGGAAAUGGGAGAAACUGGGGAUAUUGAACAGCAUAGACCUAUUUGUGCUUAUGGAUCUGCUGGGUAGUAAGGAGCAGCAGCCAGUUCAUAGUUAUUAUCGAUCCUCUCAUCGCCAUUACGCAGCUUUAAGUCAGAUCGAAGAUUGGAUCGGUGGAACACAGACCAAAUGGUUAGACCCUGCAGAAAGAAAAUAUGUGCAACUGAACGAUCCAAUUAUUGACGACGACCAUAGGCCGUUCUAUGAAGCCGGUGUUUCUAUCUUGCAUCUAAUACCGUUCCCAUUUCCUGCAACAUGGCAUACGCUUGAUGACGAUUUCGACAACCUAGACGAGGGAAGUAUUCAGAAGUGGGCUCUCAUGAUGAGCCAAUUUGUGCUCGAUUUCCUCCGGUACUAG